AUGAGUACUUCGACGGUUGAAGUUAGUGAUGAAAAAGUGAAAGCAAUGUGGGAUAAGAGAUUGACAGAAAUAUUUUGUGAUAUUUGUAUUAAAGAGAUAUUGAAAGGCAAUAGGUCUGGUACUUAUUUCACAAAAGAUGGAUGGUUGAAAAUAAUGACCAACAUUGAGAAAGAAACGGGUAAGGGUUUUUCACAAAGACAACUUAAAAAUAGGUGGGAUGCCCUAAAAAAAGAAUGGAAAGCUUGGAAGAAACGUAAAGGCGAAGAUAUUGGUUUAGGGUGGAAUCCUAUAAAAAGAACCGUUGAUGCAUCGGAUGAAUGGUGGGAGAGUAGGCUCCAGGUUGUGCCUGAAGUUAAUAUAUUUAGAACAUCGAGCAUUGAUCCUGAAUUCGAAGGGAAGUUGGACCAAAUGUUCAUGGGGAUAGUUGCAACAGGUGAUAAAGCAUGA